AUGACAAACAUUCGAAAAUCACACCCCCUAAUCAAAAUUAUUAAUCACUCCUUCAUUGACCUUCCCGCCCCAUCCAACAUCUCAUCAUGAUGAAAUUUUGGCUCUCUUCUAGGAGUAUGCCUUAUAGUUCAAAUUAUCACAGGAUUAUUUCUAGCAAUACACUACACAUCCGACACUUUAACAGCAUUCUCAUCAGUUACUCACAUCUGCCGAGACGUAAACUACGGCUGACUAAUCCGAUACUUACAUGCCAACGGAGCCUCAAUAUUCUUUAUCUGCUUAUUCCUCCAUGUAGGCCGAGGGAUAUACUACGGAUCCUACACCUUCUUAGAAACAUGAAACAUUGGAAUUAUCCUACUAUUUGCAGUCAUAGCAACCGCAUUCAUAGGUUAUGUACUCCCAUGAGGACAAAUAUCAUUCUGAGGGGCCACAGUAAUCACAAACCUAUUAUCAGCCAUUCCCUACAUUGGCACCACUCUAGUCGAAUGAAUCUGAGGAGGCUUCUCAGUAGACAAAGCAACCCUAACACGUUUUUUCGCAUUCCACUUCAUCCUCCCAUUCAUCAUCGCCGCCCUUGCAAUUGUACAUCUCCUCUUCCUCCACGAAACAGGAUCAAACAACCCCACAGGACUAAACUCUGACGCAGACAAAAUCCCAUUUCAUCCAUACUACACAAUUAAAGACUUACUUGGAGUAUUCAUGUUACUCCUAUUUCUAAUAACUCUAGUAUUAUUCUUCCCAGACUUACUAGGAGACCCAGACAACUACACACCUGCUAACCCACUAAAUACCCCACCACAUAUUAAGCCAGAAUGGUAUUUCCUAUUUGCCUACGCUAUUCUACGCUCCAUCCCUAACAAAUUAGGAGGAGUAGUAGCCUUAGUCCUAUCAAUUCUAAUCUUAGCCUUUCUACCAUUCUUACAUACCUCAAAACAACGCAGUCUAACAUUCCGCCCAAUCACCCAAAUUCUAUACUGAAUUCUAGUAGCCAACCUCUUCAUUUUAACAUGAAUUGGGGGCCAACCAGUAGAACACCCAUUUAUUAUUAUUGGCCAACUAGCAUCCAUCAGUUACUUCUCAAUUAUCCUUAUUUUAAUACCAAUCUCCGGAAUCAUUGAAGACAAAAUACUAAAAUGAAACUAA